UUUUGAUUCAUUGUUUUCUAACGCUCAUUUAUUCAUUCCCCAAAUUUUCUCUCUUCGUAUAUCUUUUUUCCUUAACCAUAACCUUCACCACAAAAUAAAUACUACUACACCUUAGCUUAGAAUCAUAAGAGAAAAAACUUAGUGAAGAAAAACAAACCCUUGUGAAACAUGACCCAAUAGAGACAUGAUGAUGAUGAACACGACCGACACAAAUUUUACAAACAUGUACAACAACUACAGCUACUCAUCACUGUUACCACUUUCCGGCACAACCACCGUGUCGGAAAAUCUCAUUCCGUCGCAAUCUCCGUCGAACAACCCUUUCAUAACCGAUUACAUCCGUCAAAAAAUAACCACCGUGAAACCAGACACAAUCUUCGCUUACAACAACAACGUUGUAUCGUUCCCACAAAAACGUUCUAGAGAUUCUAUUAAUAACAAUAACUACCCUUUCAUCAGUGAAGAUUUCUCUCAAUACAUCCACCAUCAAAACACCGACAUCGACAACUUCAUUUCUCAACACACGGAGAAGUUUAGAGUGGAAUUAGAAGAGAAAAGAAAGAGAGAAACAAUGAUGAUAAUGGAAGCAAUAGAAAACGAAGUGAUGAAGAAAAUGAAAGCAAAAGAAGAAGAAAUCCAAAAGAUUGAAAGAAUGAACAUGAUUCUUGAAGAAAAAGUGAAAACACUAUGCAUGGAGAAUCAAAUCUGGAGAGAGUUAGCACAAAACAAUGAAGCAACCGCAAAUGCCCUCAGAAACAAUCUCCAACAAAUACUCAUGCAACAAAUGGAAAACAACAACAACGGCGGUGAAUACAGCGAUGGCGGAGAUUUUGCCGGUGCCGCCGCGGCGGGGGAGGAUGCUGAGUCAUGUUGCAGUAAUGAUGAAUAUUCCGGGUGGCGUAAGGUAGCAAUGACGGUGCAGGAUAAGGAUGAAGGUACUAGUAAUGGUAGAGUGAUGAAUAAUAGAUUAUGCAGAAAUUGUGGGGAAGGUGAAUCUAGUGUUUUGAUCAUGCCUUGUAGACAUUUAUGUUUGUGUUCAAUGUGUGGAGCUAUGGUUCUUACUUGUCCUAUUUGUGAUUCUGUUAAAUCUGCUACUCUUAAUGUUAAUCUUGAUUAGCUAUGCUAAUCUUGAUUAACUAUGCAGUCAUAGGAAUAGGAAUUAGGAGAUCGUAGUUUUUUUUGUUUUUUUUUUUUUUGGAUAUAAUGGUAGUUUUAUUUUGGUGGUUA